AUGGCGCCGCGGAUUGCCCCGAGAAGGGCCUCGGCACAGCCAUCAUUCUUUAAGCCCGGGGCUGUGAGCUUCGCGGACGUGGCCGUGUACUUCUCCCCGCAGGAGUGGGGGUGUCUGCGGCCCGCGCAGAGAGCCCUGUACCGGGAGGUGAUGCGCGAGACCUACGGCCUCCUGGGAUCUCUUGAACGACCUCAUCGCUGUCCUAACUGUGAGAAGUGUUUUUCCCAGCGGUCCACAUUGGUGGCGCACAUGUACACUCACACAGGUGAGAAACCAUUUCGUUGCCCUGAGUGCAGCAAGUCCUUUGGUCGGGCAUCUUCCCUGAGCACGCACCGGGCCAUACACCGAGAGGAGCGGCCUCAUCGCUGUGCUCACUGUGGCCGGACCUUCACACAGCGCUCUGCACUCACGAGCCAUCUCCGUGUCCACACUGGGGAGAAGCCUUACUGCUGUGCUGAUUGUGGACGCCGCUUCAGUCGGACCUCAGGGCUCCAUGAGCACCAGCGGGUGGUGCACAGCGGCUUGACCCCCUUUACUUGCACACACUGUGGCAGAGCCUUUGCCGAUUCUAAGUAUCUUCGGCGCCACAUGCGCAUUCACACGGGUGAAAAGCCUUAUUCAUGCCCUGACUGUGGUCGCUGCUUCCGCCAGGGCUCUGAAAUUGCAGCGCACAGGCGGACUCACACUGGUGAGCGUCCCUACCCAUGCCCUCAGUGUGGCAGGCAGUUUCGCACAAAGUCAGCUAUGACAAGCCACCAGUGGGUCCAUAGGCCAGGAGCUAAAGGCCAUAGGGACAGAAAAGCCAGUCAGUUGUCUAUUUCCCUGGGCACUGGCCAAGAGGACCCGGAUCCACCGGUGGGCUUCCAGCAUUACCCAGAGAUAUUCCAGGAGUGUGGGGGAUGGUCUUAAAAGUGCCAACACAGAGGGUGAAAUAUGUACAUCCUUUGAAGCCCAGAGGCUUGAAUUUAUGGCAUCCUGCGGAAGUCACAGAUGUUCUAGCUAAUGCUGGUCCUGGGCACAGGGUACAGUCUUCUAGGUGGUUACCAGAUGCAUUUGCACACACACAGAUCCUGAGUCUAUUGGGUUGGGGUGAGGAACCCCACUAGAACUCCAUAUGAGAAGCAAGAGCAGUCUCCUGGUUCAGAAGUAUUGAGAGGCUUGAGGUUGAGGAGAACCUUAUUGAAGUCAGUGCCUCUUUAAUGCAGAGACUAAAGCUGAUGGCUCUGUGUGAAUUGAGUCAGCUGCAUUCUCAGGGGUUGAGUUAUUGAUCAAGAGCCUGGUGUGGUGGUGCCUGCCAGUGAUCCCCACACUGGGGAGGUAGAGACAGGGAGAUCAGGAAUUUGAGACCAGUUUGGGUCACCUGAGACUACUUCUAAAGAUAAUAAGAGGGAAAUUAAUUGAGAAUUAAAAAUCAAAGUAUCUCACCAUCCCCACCCCCCACCAAGAUAUCUAGCUUCUCUUAAAAAAAAAAAAAAAAUCCAAAAUAAUCAGCCAAGCAAAGAAGACACAUUCGUUUUGGGUUCUGCUCUCAGUACUGCAUAUACUGGGUGUGCUGGCACAUGCCUAGGUUUUCAGCACUUGGUAGUUGAAGGCACAAGGAAGUUCAUUAUCUCAAGGCUGCCUUCAGUUACACACAUACAUACACAGCAGGGGGGAAGGGGUGCUCCGUUGGUAAAGGCUACAUCUCUAGUGACUUGAUUUCAGUGGUGGAAGGAGUUCUUGAAGAUUGUGCCUUUUCAGGUUUUCUGAAUCCAGGAGGGGAUAUGCAAAACUGGGUGGCAGAAGAGGGAAAUAGAAAACCAAAGAAAAAAUUCCACAGA